ACGCGUGAUUUCCCCCCAGAAAUUUCCGUCGGCACGCUAGGUGAAUUCUGCGAUGAGAUGACUGAGAUGUUGGUAUCGCGGGGGAGUUUAGGGAAGCGUUGGGUCUAGAUGUGGAUUUGGGUGAAGCUCGGUUUGAUUUAGAUCAGGAGGAGUGGCGAGUUGCUUGCCCAGAGAGCUGGCGCAGCAUGGAGAACCGGGACAGAUCCGUAUAAGACGGUGACAGCGCACCGGGACAGCCUGUUAUGAGAGCUGUAACGCAGAGUGUAUAUAUACACAUAAGGCUAAACGUUACAGGACAGACUAUUCUAAAAUGCAAGGGAUUAGUAAAGAGAGAGGCUUCUUACUGCGCUUAAGAUGAUUCUGUUUCAGAGUCACGGAGCACUCGGUUUAUAGGGGAUAACGGGAAGAAAAGCCGGCUGAUGGUUUCUAUUGGGACCUCUGCACCUUUCCGCAGAUUCUCUUACUCCUUGGAUAUAAGUUGAUGAAAGGCUCUUUUCGGCGAUGUCUCACACAGCCCACUCGGAAACUAGGAAGUUCACCCGGGGUCUUAGCAAACCGGGGACCGCGGCCGAGCUGAGGCAGAGCGUCUCCGAGGUGGUCAGGACGUCUGCGAUCGCGGCAAAGCCCAAGGUAGUGGAGCCUCUGGACUAUGAGAGUGUGCUGCUUCAGAGGAGGAUGCAGAUCCUUGCUGACAUGCUGCGGGACAUGCUUCAGUUCCCCCUCGAGGACUUCCAGAUAUCAAUUCUUCCACGCCUCGAAAGGACUCUCUACUCAUCUCUUCCUGUAAAUGCAGAGCUAGAAGCACAGGAUCUGUUCGUCCAAGAGUGCAUCAGGACCUACAACUCAGACUGGCACAUUGUGAAUUACAAGUAUGAGGACUACUCCGGAGACUUCCGUCAGCUUCCAAAUAAGGUCUUCAGACCAGAGAGACUGCCCGUCCACGUGUUCGAGGUGGAUGAAGACGCAGACAAAGAUGAGGACACGGCCUCUCUGGGUUCGCAGAAGGGAGGGAUCAGUAAACAAGGCUGGCUCUACAAAGGAAAUAUGAACAGCGCCAUCAGUGUGACCAUGAGGUCUUUCAAGAGAAGAUAUUUUCACCUAGCCCAGCUGGAAGAUAGCUCUUACAACCUUAACUUCUACAAAGAUGAGAAGAUCUCCAAGGAGCCCAAAGGAAGUAUAUUCCUGGACUCAUGUAUGGGUGUCGUUCAGAACAGCAAGGUCCGUCGCUUUGCCUUCGAGCUGAAGAUGCAGGACAAGAGCACGUACCUGCUGGCGGCCGACAGCGAGGCCGAGAUGGAGGAAUGGAUCUGCACUCUCAACAAGAUCCUGCACAGCAGCUUUGAGCUGGCUAUGCAGGAGAAGAGGAACGGGGACGUGCACGAUGAUGACGAGUCAGGAAAAGCAGAUGGUUCCUCUGCGAGUCUAGACAGCUUUCAGAGUGUAAAAGACAUUGAAUCUAGGCUGCGGAACGAGGUGCGAUUGAAGCUGUUUGCCCUGGAUCCAGAUACUCAGAAACUCGACUUCUCAGGGAUUGAACCAGACAUCAAGCCGUUCGAGGAUAAGUUUGGCAAACGUAUUUUGGUGAAGUGCAACGAGCUGUCGUUCAACCUGCAGACCUGCGUGUCUGAAAGUGGAGAAGGCCCCACGACAAACGUCGAGCCAUUUUUCGUCACAUUCUCACUCUUCGACAUACAAAAUAGCAGGAAGAUCUCGGCCGACUUUCAUGUGGACUUGAACCACCCAUCAGUCCGGCAGAUGGUCUCCCCCGCUAACAGCCAGCAGGUGAACUGGGGUGGUGACAGCCCCCUGGGGAGGCCAAGGUCGGUCGGCGGGCUGCGCGAGGAACUGCUGCUAUACCCGAAACAGGGAGUGUUCUCGGUGACGUGUCCUCACCCCGACAUCUUCCUAGUGGCACGCAUCGAGAAGGUCCUGCAAGGGGGCAUCACCCACUGCGCCGAGCCGUACAUGAAGAACUCCGACUCUGCCAAGGUUGCACAGAAGGUCCUGAAGAAUGCCAGACUGGCAUGCAGCAGACUGGGCCAGUACCGGAUGCCGUUUGCAUGGGCGGCAAGGCCCCUGUUCAAAGACUCCUCAGGGACGCUUGACAGAGUCAGCCGCUUCUCCCCUAUCUACCGGCAGGACAGCGGCAAGCUCUCGAACGAAGAUAUGCUCAAGCUUCUGGCUGAUUUCAGAAAGCCUGAAAAGAUGGCCAAGCUCCCCGUAAUCUUAGGAAAUCUAGACAUAACCAUUGACGGCGUUGCCCUGGACAUGACGAAUUGUGUGACUUCAUCCUACAUCCCAGUCAAGCAGUUUGACAACAACAGGAUAGCCGAGGUCUUCUUCGAGGUGGAAGAGUUUGUGCCAUGCAUACCCAAGUGCUCACAGCCCUUCACUGUGUACAACAAUCACCUCUAUGUGUAUCCGCGAUACCUGAAGUACGAUGGCCAGAAGGCAUUUGCCAAGGCAAGGAACAUCACUGUCUGCGUUGAGUUUAAGGACUCUGAUGAGGAGGAGGCUCAGGCACUGAAGUGCAUCUAUGGGCGACCAGGGGGGCCCCUGUUUACCCAGAGUGCCUUCACAACCGUCCUGCACCACCAGCAGAACCCAGAAUUUUACGAUGAGAUUAAGAUGGAACUGCCCACUCAGCUCCACGAAAAGCACCACCUGUUCUUUACCUUUUACCAUGUGGGCUGUGACAACAACAACAAAGCCAGCACCAAGCGGAAGGAGGCAGUAGAGAGUCAAGGUGGGACUCCUGGUGUUACGCACCCCCACGAGCUGCAUGGCGAUUCCAACUCCUCCUCCUACCGGAAGGCUAGGGGGGGGGCAGAUACUACGUUGUUCGUUGGCUACGCCUGGCUCCCCCUGCUGAGAGAUGGCAGAGUGGUGACAAACGAGCAGCACAUCCAGGUGUCGGCCACUUUACCCGCAGGGUAUCUGGGCUGCCAGGAGAGUAUUGGCAAGAGUCCUGGCCCUGACAUUAAAUGGGUUGAUGGUGGGAAGCCACUGUUUAAAGUGUCUACUCACCUGGUCUCCACUGUCUACACUCAGGAUCAGCAUCUACACAACUUCUUCCAGCAGUGUCAGAACAUGCAUUCUGCUGCCAAGCCACCAGAGGAGGAGGUCAUCAAGUACCUGAAGAGCCUGCAUGCCAUGGAAGGUCACGUGACGAUCAACUUCCUGCCCACAAUACUCAACCAGCUGUUCCGAGUGCUCACCAGUGCCAAUGUCGUCGAUGUGGCGCUCAACAUCACCAGAGUGAUGAUUCACGUCGUCAGCCUUUGCCACGAGGAGGGCCUUGAACACUACCUGCACUCCUAUGUGAAGUGUGUGUUUAAAAUGGAACCAUACUCCAAGGCCUGCGAGAGGACUGUGCACGAGGAGCUGGCUAAGAGCAUGACCGCCAUCCUCAGAGCCACCGAUGCCCAGACCAGCAGCAAGCUGCUCAAGUAUUCCUGGUUUUUUUUUGAAGUUCUAGUGAAGUCCGUGGCGCAGUACUUGAUAGAAUGCUCUAAAGUAAGGCUGGCCAGGAAACAGCGAUUCCCAGUCUCCUUCCACGGCAUUGUUGAGACGCUGAUCGUCAUGACGAUGCCCCACAUCACGCAGGGGUGGAGGGACUACCCGGCUGCAGCACGUAAUGCCAAUCACAGCCUGGCUGUCUUUAUUAAGCGCUGUUUCACCUUCAUGGACAGGGGCUUUGUGCUUAAGCAGAUCAACACCUAUAUGAGCUGCUUUGGGCCAGGAGACCCUAAGAUUCUCUAUGAGUUUAAGUUUGAGUUCCUGCAAGUUGUCUGCAACCAUGAGCACUACAUUCCCUUAAAUUUGCCCAUACCGUUUGGAAACAGCCGAAUCCAGAAAUUUCAAGCCUCACUUUGCCCUGACUUGGAGUCACACGAUACUCCUGUAGACCUGCAGCUGGACUACUCCCUAACGGACGACUUCUGCCGGAACCACUUCCUGGUGGGGCUGCUCCUGCGGGAGGUGGGCGGAGCCUUGCAGGAGUGCCGGGAGAUUCGCCAGGUGGCCAUCCACGUGCUCAAGAGCCUGCUGGUCAAGCAUACCUUCGACGACCGCUAUGCCUCCAAGAUGCAGCAGGCCAGACUGGUCACCCUUUACCUGCCUCUCUUCGGCCUGCUCCAGGAGAACGUCCACAGACUUAAUGUGAGGGACGUGUCCCCCUUCUCCAUCAACCAGUCAAACAAUAAUGGGAGAGAUGAGCUUCUUCUGCCCAAUGCAAUGGCAACUCCACAGAGGCCGGGAAGCAGCUUGGACAACAGCAGCAGCGUGCAUAGGGAGGUGUUUGGGGUCUUCUCCGGAUCAGUUUCCCCACACACCCCCUCGACGCCCAACCCCACUUCGGUGUUCCAUUCUGACUCCCGGGGCUCCCUCGUCAGCUCAGACUCCAGCAACAGCCUCCUGGAGAGGACCAGUGAGAAGACCAACUCGCUGGACAAGAGGGAGCGCUUGACCCGGAGACACUCGGCCUUCGUGCUGCCGCUCGUUCCCGAGGUCGAGGACCCUGCCACGCCCGCACGCACCAAGCGCACCACCCUGGAGUUGCCAGAAAAUAUUGUGCAUGAUGGCAUUUUGCUCCAAGCCCAGCAUGGCACCAUUCUGCGCUGUGACAAGCUGGAUCAGGCUGAAAUCAAGAGCCUUCUCAUGUGUUUCCUGCAUGUGAUGAAGAGCAUGUCAGCAGAUGCUCUCUUUGCGUACUGGAACAAGUCCAGCCAGGCUGAGCUGAUGGACUUCUUUACACUCGUAGAACUGUGUCUGUAUCAGUUCAGGUACAUGGGGAAGAGAUACAUUGCCAGGAACCAGGAAGGGCUGGCCUCCCUAGCACAGGACCGCAGGUUUCAGACUCUGCCUGUGUCCCGUAACAGGGCGGGGAUGAUGCAUGGUCGCUUACAGAACCUCAACAACCUGGAUAACACUUACACUUUUAACCACACCUACAGCCACUCGGACGCUGACGUCCUGAACCAGUCUCUGCUAGAGGGGAGCAUUGCUACCGAGGUCUGCCUCACCGUGCUGGACAACCUCAACAUCUUCAUCACAACGUUCAAGGCCCAGCUAUGUGCCGACUACGGCCACAACCCCCUGAUGAAGAAGGUGUUUGAGGUUUACCUCUGCUUCCUUCAGAUCAACCAGUCAGAGACUGCCCUCAGGCAGAUCUUCGACUCGCUUCGUACUUUGAUCUUCAAGUUCCCGUGCGCGUUCUUCGACGGACGCGCAGACAUGUGCGCCUCCCUGUGCUACGAGGUCCUGAAGUGCUGCCAUUCCAAGCUCAGCUCCAUCCGCGGAGAUGCCGCCCGCUUGCUCUACAUCCUCAUGAGGAGCAAUUUCGACUACACGGGCCGCAAGUGCUUCGUGCGCACCCACCUGCAGGUGGUGAUCGCCGUGAGUCAGCUGAUCGCCGAUGUCAUCGGGGUUGGGGGAACUCGCUUCCAGCAGUCUCUCUCCAUCAUCAACAACUGUGCCAACAGCGACCGGACCAUAAAGUACACGGCCUUCCCGUCGGACGUGAAGGACCUGACCAAGCGUAUCCGCACGGUGCUAAUGGCCACUGAGCAGAUGAAGGAACACGAGCACGACCCCGAGAUGCUGGUGGACCUGCAGUACAGUCUGGCCAAGUCCUACGCCAGCACACCAGAGCUGCGUAAGACUUGGCUGGACAGCAUGGCACGCAUCCAUGUCAAGAAUGGCGACCUCUCUGAGGCAGCCAUGUGCUAUGUGCACGUCGCGGCAUUGGUGGCCGAGUACCUCCAGAGGAAGGGUGCGUACAGACUCAGCUCUGACAUGAACUUGCAGCUGAUGGCCACCAGGUGGCACUUUGACACUUUCUUGUCGUUGCUGCAUGGGGAUGCGGCACCACUCACUCACAUGGCUGUCCGUGUCACAGGCAUGUUCAGGCUGGGCUGCACAGCGUUCCGCGUGGUCACGCCCAACAUUGACGAGGAGGCGUUUAUGAUGGAGGACGUGGGCAUGCAAGACGUCCACUUCAACGAGGAUGUGCUGUUGGAGCUGGUUGAAGAGUGUGCAACCGGCCUGUGGAAGGCCGAGCGCUAUGAGAUGAUCUCCAACAUCUCCAAGCUCAUCAUCCCCAUUUACGAGAGGCGGAGGGACUUUCAGAAACUGGCUCACAUUUACGACAUCCUGCAUCGCGCCUACAGCAAAGUCGCAGAAGUCAUGCACACAGGAAAGAGGUUGCUGGGAACCUACUUCAGGGUGGCCUUCUUCGGUCAGGCAGCGCAGUACCAGUUCACAGACACUGACACUGAGGGAUUCUUUGAGGAUGAGGAUGGCAAGGAGUACAUCUACAAGGAGCCCAAAUUCACCCCCCUACCCGAGAUCUCCCAAAGACUCUGCAAGCUCUACUCUGAUAAGUUUGGCCCAGAAAAUGUGAAGAUGAUCCAGGACUCCAGCAGGGUCAACCCGAAGGAUCUGGAGCCGAAGUACGCGUACAUCCAGGUCACCCAUGUGACCCCCUUCCUGGAGGAGAAGGAGCUGGCCGAGAGGAAGACGGACUUCGAGAGGAACCACAACAUCCAGCGCUUUGUCUUUGAGACGCCCUUCACCACCUCGGGCAAGAAGCAGGGCCUGGUGGGGGAGCAGUGCAAGCGGCGAACCGUCCUGACCACCACGCACUGCUUCCCGUAUGUGAAGAAACGCAUCGCAGUGAUAUACGAGCAGCACAUGGACCUGAGCCCCAUCGAGGUGGCCAUCGACGAGAUGAGCGCCAAGGUGCAAGAGUUGAGGCAGCUGUGUGCAGCCAGUGAGGUGGACAUGAUCCGGCUGCAGCUCAAGCUGCAGGGCAGUGUCAGUGUGCAGGUGAAUGCUGGUCCACUAGCCUAUGCCAGAGCAUUCCUGGAUGACGCCAACAGCAAGAAGUACCCCGACAACAAGGUCAAGCAGCUCAAGGAGGUCUUCAGGCAAUUUGUGGAGGCCUGCGGCCAUGGCCUGUCUGUCAACGAGCGGCUGAUCAAGGAGGACCAGCACGAGUAUCACGACGGGAUGAAGGCUAGCUACCGGGACCUGGUCAAGGAGCUGUCUACUAUCAUGCGUGAGCCGAUCAGCCCAGUGGAGGAUGGGGUCAGGACCCCCCUGCCUGACUCUCUACACAUCUUCAACGCCAUCAGCGGUACGCCCACUGGGGCGUCCAUCCAGGGCAUCCCCAACUCGUCCUCUGUGGUCUGAGGCGACCUCUGAUCCCUCUCCCACAGCUGGCUUUGUGUCACGGGUGGAGGACGAAGAAGGAAAGAGAGAAUGAAUGUUUAUUUUAGUUUUCUAAGCUGCUUCAUUCUGACUCACUUUUCACACCCAUUCUGAUGGUCCAGUGACCUCCGUCACACAGAAUAUAGAGAAGCCUUCCCGUGUGCGAUGUGUAGGGUGAUAUUCAUCCAAGCCGACGAGGAGGAGAAUGGCAGAGGGCAGGAUAAAAGUCAUUGAAGUGAGGGGUAGAAUAGAUUCAUGUCUACGUCCGUGAUCCUUGGCUGGAUCUGUUAGGGGUAUAUGUACUGUUCCCUGUGAAUACACUCCAUCCCAACUGGAACUCAAAGGCGGCAACAUCAACACCACACAUGCAUGGAGUCCCUGGUGUCGGCUGGGUUCGCGCUUUUUCCACGUUCCCACGUUUGUCAUUUUUGUAUGUAAAGUGUUACGAUGUCCAAGGAGUCAGGUGUGUAAGGGAGGGGAAGGAUGACCACUUUAGACUCUGAAAAGAAUCUAGUUUGUCGCAAAGAACAAUAUAGAUGUAUAUCUUUCUGUAUAUGAAGAGACGUUAUAUUUGUAGGCAGAUCUUAUUUUACAGGGUGGGUGCUUCUUCGAAGGUGUCAUGAGCAGGCCAAGGUGUGCGGACCGGCGUGGCACCUGCUGAGUGUUCCUGUACAUAAACCGAGUGCAAUAUCAGUCUGGGCGGGGCAUCUUGCUGUGCUCUUACACUGUGAAGGGUGUCUGUCUGAUCAGUAUGUAGGAGCAAAGCAAGCGCAUGCUUGGGGGGCCGAAUGUAAUAUGAAUCUUUUACCAUUUUCAUGUGUAUUUUAUAUUUGGGACAUAUAGGGUCUUUUUGUUUUUAUUUAACAAAGUCACAGUUCUGCUGUAUUUAAAUGGGAAUGUUCCUUAACGCUUUUCUUUUAAAUAAAAUCCUCUAAUUUCUUUGC